CGAACCGCUGUCGAACUUGGCUCUAAGCAUGCCACCCGUUUUGCUUAUCCAGGUUCUUCUUGGUUUCGCUGGUUUCAACAACGUGCUCUGCAACCUCGGCAAUCCACCGGUAUCAACUACGAACGUGACAUCUUGGCAUGACGCACCGGCGCCUGACUGUCCGCCUAUCGGCCACUUCGCUGGAGGUGUGACGUCACCAGGGCCACCGGGUAUAAAAGAAGAGCUGCAUCGCUUCGUCUUCACUGGGCACGGCGAACCGCUGUCGAACUUGGCUCUAAGCAUGCCACCCGUUUUGCUUAUCCAGGUGAAUCAGUUAGAGAAGGAAGCUGUGGCCAAUGUGAGCAACAGCACCAGCGUGUCCGACCUGGAGAGCAAGGUGGUUCUUCUCGAGAACCAAGUCUCUGAAAAAAACAAGAUGCUGAAGUUGCAGCAGCAGAGGAUGAGUGACAUGAAAAAAACUCUACAGAAGGAACUCAAGAACCACCAAGGUGCUGCCACAGUGACUGCUGUGCUCAAUAUUGAGGGCUCAUCCUGCACAGCUAGUGAUGUGCCACCCCCGGUCGACCAUGGCGGCUCGGCUGGGGACAGUGCAGCAAAAGCAGAAACCGCCCUGCAAGAUGCAGCACAGCCACAACGCUCUGACAGCAAACUAGAAGAUGACAUCAAUUUCAAAUAUCUCAAGCAUGUAGUCUUCAAGUUUAUGACAAGCAAAGAGGAUGAGGCACAACACCUGAUUCGAGCAGUAUCUGUGCUACUUCGUUUCACGGCAGAUGAGGAACAGAUGAUUCGUGAACACCUCGAGUGGAAGAAUUCAUGGUUUGGUAUGCGGCCACAGCCACACUAUGCACCACUUCAUUCACUGCCGCAGUACCACCAUGGACACAACACGCACCACCACCGCUCCUCCUCAACUUCUGGGAGUAAUCCGAAAAGCAACACCAAAACCACCUAGCACACAGUGUCAUCCCAUUUCGAAAUACGUCUUUGCACCAGCAGAUGUGUGCUCAUGUACAUCAAGAGUAAACUUGCAGCAUCGCCACGUCUAUGACGUAGAUAUUUCAGAGAAGUUUCACCAGCAGUGAUUCACUGUACCAGGCAGUUUGAUGGCAUCUCUGACUGUGGGUACUGUGUGUUGAGCACAGCAACGAACCUAAUCAGACGUUGCAAGAACUCUUCCUGUGAUUGCUCAGGACUGUCAAUUACUGUGCUUAUGUGUCACAGGACUGUGCCGUGGAACAGUACAAACGAAGGUGCUGAGAAAUCUAAACCAUUACAUUGUGCAGAUUCUUGUGAGCUCCCUUUAGCCCUUCUGUACAAAAUGCAAUGCAAUAUCUGACGAGACAGAAAAGUUUUCCCCUAAAAAGCUUUGCUUCAUUUCUGUGAGGCACAAGCUUAACCAGUUUAGCGCUGUAAAGUCUUCUUACAAUAAGGAGUGUGGUGGUGAACUUGCACUUUAUAAUGAUAUCUUUCUAGUCUGUUUUGCUAAACUCACUCAAUUCUAUUUUCUAGUUGCUCCAAAAUAAAGGCUUUGUGUUUGGAAA